UCUGAACAUAGUGAAGCUAAUAAUAAUGUAAAUUAUGUUUACAGUGGUAUGUUUACCUGAGGUGAGCGCUUGUGCAGUGAGCUGUAAAACUGAGGCUAUAGCGAGGGAGGAAGAGGUUCGAGCGAUGGCGCAGGGCUACAUGCCGAACCUGGGAUGUCUCGCUUUCACCGAAGUGAGCACUGCAAACCCAUUGGACCGUCCUCCAGUGAUCAGCUUCGCAGUAUACGUGUGUGUGCUGCUAUUCCUCUUCUUGCAACUUGCGACUGCCGUGGUAGCCGCAGGUCUCUCCAUCAUCAACGCUACUAUGAACCCUACUGAGCCGAUGUUUGGAUUGCCUGGUUGCCUAUGGUCCAAUGCAGUAGCAGCGCUCCUGGGCCUAACAGUUAUGAUGCUCUUCGGCAUCUACUGGGCCACGUCGGGUUUGAACGAGCAUUUGGCGUUCGCGCAUAUAGCGUUCGACUUCUUCAAGCCUGGGCCGUAUUUGGGGUAUUCUUACUGGUUACUACUAGGGGCAGUGCUGUGUUCUUUAAGCAACAUCGGCUUGAUUCAACUGAGGACUUACCUCUUGGAGAGGGACCCCCCUCCCCCCACUAUUAAGGUCGAGAACCACUCCGAUGGGACUAUAUUCUUGUACUAAAACUAAGAUUAAUUUGCGUAAAGGCGACAGCACAUUAGGCUUUACAUUUUUGUUGUAAAAUACCUCCUGUUACAACGGCAAUAAGUUACUACAA